GGCGGGGCGCGCGCGGACCUGGCCCGGGAGGCGGCGGCGCAGGGGGACGUGGUGCAGGCCGCCUUCCGCGACACCUACCGCAACCUCACCCUCAAGACCCUGGUGGGGCUGAGCUGGGCCAGCGCGCACUGCCCCCAGGCCCGCUACGUGCUCAAGACGGACGACGACGUGUACGUCAACGUCCCCGAGCUGGUGUCCGAGCUGGUGCGGCGCGGGGGCGCCGCGGGGGGCACGCCGGUGCCGCUGCUCUACCUAGGCCGCGUGCACUGGUGGGUGAGGCCCUCGCGGGCGCCGGGAGGCCGGCACCUGGUGUCCGAGGAGCAGUGGCCCGCGACCUGGGGCCCCUUUCCGCCCUACGCCUCGGGCACGGGCUACGUGCUGUCCGCGUCCGCCGUGCAGCUCAUCCUGAAGGUGGCCGCGCAGGCGCCCGCGCUGCCGCUGGAGGACGUCUUCGUGGGCGUGAGCGCGCGGCGGGGCGGCCUGGCCCCCACCCACUGCGUCAGGCUGGCCGGUGCCACCCACUACCCCCUGGACCGCUGCUGCUACGGGAAGUUCCUGCUGACCUCGCACGGCCUGGACCCCGGGCAGCUGCGGGAAGCCUGGGAGCUGGUGCACGGGCCGGAGCCCGGCCGGACCCGCCCCUUCUGCUCCUGGCUGCAGGGGGCCCUGGGCAUCCUGCGGUGUCGGCUCAUGGCCUGGCUGAGGAGCUGAGACCGGGACCCCGGGAGGAGCUGCGGGUCCAGCCAGCACCCGCAGGCCUUGUCUCCCCCAGGCCCUGGGCAGGGGCCCUAACUGGCUACAGCUGAGCCC